AUGAACUUUCUCUCUGGGAUCUGGUGGUCUCUUCCGCUGGUCUUGUUCUGGGCAACCCCGCACGUCACCUCCUCAUGGUGUACUACACGGAGGAAUAAUAACAGCGGAGAUCGGGGUCCUUCGAAAUGCUCCGAUGUUGUGUCUUUAAAUAAUAUCAAGUGGAAUUGGUUAGUGGGAAUUAAGGUGCCCAGGCGUAGUAGUCGGGAAUCUGCUUUUGUACAUGCCAUCUCCUCCGCCGGGGUUGUUUUUGCUAUCACAAGGGCAUGUAGCCAAGGGGAAUUGAAAUCGUGCUCCUGCGACCCCAAGAAAAAAGGUUCUGCGAAGGACAGCAAGGGUCAUUUUGACUGGGGUGGCUGCAGCGAUAACGUCGACUAUGGCGUCCGAUUUGCCAGAGCGUUUGUGGAUGCCAAAGAAAGGAAGGGGAAAGAUGCGAGAGCGCUGAUGAACCUGCACAACAACCGAGCUGGAAGGAAGGCCGUGAAGCGGUUUUUGAAACAGGAGUGCAAAUGUCACGGUGUGAGUGGAUCAUGCACUCUAAGGACCUGUUGGCUGGCCAUGGCAGACUUUAGGAAAACAGGAGAUUAUCUGUGGAAGAAAUACAAUGGAGCGAUUCAGGUGGUCAUGAAUCAAGAUGGCACUGGUUUCACUGUGGCUAAUAAGAGAUUUAAGAAGCCAACUAAGAAUGACCUGGUAUACUUUGAAAGCUCUCCAGACUACUGUAUCAGGGACAGGGAUGUAGGCUCUCUAGGGACAGCCGGCCGGGUUUGUAACCAGACCUCCCGUGGCAUGGACAGCUGCGAAGUGAUGUGCUGCGGCAGGGGCUACGACACGUCGCGUGUCAGCAGGAUGACAAAAUGCGAGUGCAAAUUCCACUGGUGCUGUGCCGUGCGCUGUCAGGACUGCCUGGAAGUGGUGGAUAUACACACUUGCAAGGCACCCAAGAGUGCUGGGUGGAUCUCCCGGACAUGA